ACCGAAUCAAAUGGUCGACGGAUUCGAUCGAUACUAGAAAAUCUCAGACUCUUCAUGUGCGGCAUCUUCUGUUCGCUUCACGUAGGAUGCUGUGGCGACACCGAUAAUAUUCAUGGUAGAUCGAACGAUACCGUUUAUCACAAGUUGUCCGAGCGAUUAAAAGUCGCCAAUGCCGCUCGUGGUCCCGACGCACAAGGAACCCAUCAUGUCCGAGUCCAAAGGACAUGCUCUCAGGCUGGUGAAGCACAAGCCCCAUUUCCGAGCAAGACAUGCUGCCCGGUACUCGAUCUCGAGUUCUUUGCUUCUGAGCUCCGGCUUCGAGGUGACGCACACAUACUGCAGCCUCAUCAGCAGGACGGGAAUGUCUUUUGCUGGAAUGGCGAGGUCGAUGCACAUGAAAAUGAUGGCGCGAAACUCUUCCAAAGCAUACACACACUCUCUGCAAUGGACGAUCUCCCUUGCCUAUUGGGGAGGAUCGAGGGACCAUAUGCAUUCGUCUAUUACCAUGCCGAAUCUCAAAAGUUAUACUUUGCUCGAGACACCCUUGGACGCCGAUCUCUGCUCAUUCACAAGCCGUCUGUGUUGAAUCCAUAUUUUUUACUUGCAUCCGUCUCCGUUGGAGAUGAUCAAGGAUACGUCAUGGAAGAACUAUCCACUGAUGGGAUAUUCUGCCUUGAUGUGGGACAACUAUACGAAUCCAAAGAAAUCACGCAACAUUUCGACAACAGCUUGACAUGUAUUCCACGACAAGUUGAUCGGCAAAUUCUGACAUUCGCAAAGCUUAAUCGCGUGAACACCGCACUCCCUCCGGAUGUACCGCCGCUUGUGCCCUCAUUGGACCAUGCAAUACUACCGCAUGAUCUGGCCAUCGCUGUUGAUAAUCUUAUCGAUCACCUGGACAAAAGUGUAAUGCUUCGUGUUCAGAAUAUUCCACGAAGAACGUCGUCCGAAAAGGGGAGAGCGCAGGUCGCAGUCCUCUUUAGUGGUGGCAUCGAUUCGACUAUGCUAGCCUUCCUUGCUCACCGACAUUUACCACUGGAUGAACCCAUAGAUCUACUUAAUGUGGCCUUCCAGAAUCCGCGAAAGAUCCAGGUUCAAACUGAUGGUAACAUAGGAGCUAUCCCCAAACGUGAGAAGAAGCGACAACUCAAAGCAGCAGAGAUCAGUGGAGCAAUCAAGGAAUCUCCAUCGUAUCUGGUUCCAGACCGUGUGACAGGCUUGCAGGAGGUCGAAGAAUUCAGGCGGAUAUGUCCCGGUAGAAUAUGGAAUUUUGUCGAGGUGGAUGUUCCAUACGAGGAGUCUCAAGCUGCGCGGGCAGCUGUCGAAGCUAUCAUGUUCCCUGGUCGAACAGUGAUGGAUCUUAGUCUUGCCAUGGCGCUUUACUUUGCCUCCAAAGGGGUUGGCCGAGUCCGAAUGUCAGCAGCACCUGAUGACUAUCAGCCAUACACUAGUACAGCACGAGUCCUACUCAAUGGCCUUGGGUCUGACGAGCUACUUGGUGGAUACGGCCGUCAUCGUACUGCUUACGCGACUCGAGGCUGGCAGGGCGUUAUCGACGAGCUCCAGCUCGAACUCGACCGCAUACCAGCUCGUAACCUCGGGCGAGACGACCGCGUGAUUUCUUCACAUGGCAAGGAAACGCGUCAUCCAUUCCUUUCGCUGACGGUCGUCUCCUUUCUCGCGGGACUUCCCGUGCAUCUCAAGCUUGAUCCACGGCUGGAGCUGGGGAUCGGGGAUAAAAUGCUACUGCGGCUUGCUGCGCGAAAGGUGGGGCUUCUUGAGGCGAGCAUGAGGAAGAAAAAGGCAAUGCAGUUUGGCAGUCAUUCCGCUCGCAUGGAGCCUGGCGAGGCAGAGAAGAGGGGCGAUCUUAUGAAUUAGGACUGUCUCAGAGCCAUAGAUGGAAUAUACUACUUGCGUAUCCUCCACGAUGAGCUCGACUUGGACAUCUUUACGAUCACGCCC